UUCUCCCAUUCCCGAUCCCGUUAAGUGACAGGGCAGCGCCUGGGAGAGGAGGGUCGGUGGUGGUGGAGACGGAAAGGAGAAACAGCGUCCCCUCGUUCUCCACUCUAGCCUGGAGGGGAGGGGAGUUUGCAGACCCCGGGAUCAAUCCCUCAUUUCCACCUCCCUCCCCCCCCCCCCCCCACCACCACCUCCUCCUCCUCCUCCCCCCAACGCCAGAUCCAGGUCUAAAGCCGUGAACCCGACUCGCCCCCAGCUGCAUCGCGCAGUAAACCAGAAAUCGUGGCAACAGUGGAGGCUUGGAGGUGAACGUGAAGUCAACAAGUUCCUGCAUCUCCUGCCUCGAUGCACAAGACUCGCUGCAACUCUCGGGGGGUUUUGUUUUGUUUGUAAUUUUAAGGCUUCAAUUUAUUUUCUUUCGAAAAGUACACAGAGGUUGUUUGUUUUAAGUGCACACAAUGCUGAAGAUCUUAACCAAGAAGAUGAGAGCUCAGACGCUGAACGAGAUCCAACCUUUUCACGUUAAGAUAUCCUACUCAGCGAGCGAUGAGGACACCAGCGAUGGGUCAGAAGGAGAGAACCGGGAACUGGCGUUAAUUGACCAAGAGAGCCGAAGGAAUUGCUGUCUGUUGCCAUUUUCUUCGAGCCACACACAAGGGCUGGACAACCUGUACAGAGUGCGGACGAUAUUUGACCCGCUGGACUGCGACAGCUCCGAAGAAGAACUGGAACGCAUCAACAGGGAGUUCGGAGGGGAGAAGCGCACCUGGUCCCAGGUGACCAGACUCGGUUGCUAUAGUGACAGCGCGUCCUCCAGCGACGAGGAGGUCAAGGACUUGUGCGGCAUGGCCUUCAGGCCGGUGAGCCAGGCGGAGCAGAAGUGCAGCCCAGUGGCUUUCAGUGCCACCCCUCCCAAGAGACUCCACCCCUUGGUUCGAAGACCAGUGGGGCAGGUAAUACUGGCCUCGGUGGACCAGGCGACCCCUUGCAAAAGGCAUCGACAGGGGCAAGGAGACAGCUACAGCCGACCUAGCUUGGAUUUGGAAAAGAUGCAGCAGAAGAUGUUAUUGAAGAAAAACUGUGGGGCCAAAACGAGAGUUAUCAAAAUUCGAAGAAACGUCCCAAGGUGCUUCACUGGAGCGGCAACAGACAAACACUGAAGCUGACCCGUGGAAGGAGCAUUUAGGCAGGAACGCCCACAGUCCGCACCCGGCGUCACUGUUCCUGUACGACCCGGCGACCUUUGCAUUCUGUUCCUUCAGCACCUUGACUGCCAUGACCCGCCGACCCCUGGGGAGGAACCACUCCAUUCCCACUGGAGGAGAUGCUGCUGCUAGCUGCAGGAACCUCGAGGAGGGCACAGUCGUGGUGGAGGUGGGGUGGGGGUGAGGGGUCGGCCCCUUGAGGCAAUCAACUCAGUACUUUUGGUGGACUGACAUAGGACUAAAAGUCUGAGGCUCUGCUGUUAGCUGUGACUCUACCACAUCGCUAGACCACUGCUGGAGCCUGUGACAAACAUCGGGACUUGA